CCCACCCCAGAACAAGAACUGCAUUUAGACCAGUUUGGGUUUUAUUAGAAAUCCUUAAGAAUCACAAUGCAAAAAGGAGAUGGCAUUUUCACACAGAUAUGGCUGAACGUUUCAGUAAAGCACCAUGCUGUCAUCAGUGAGGCAUCUCUUUAAAAUGAGCUAAAAGUUGGCUUCCUGCCUGCAGGCAAAAGGGAGGAAAUGUGUUUUGUGUUUGGUUGAAACUAAAAAUAAAGCAACCAGGCCAUAUUCCCACAAAUAUAAAUUGUAUUUCUCCUUCCACCUGCCUUACAGCAGCAGCAGCGGUGUGCUCCCUGAGACUGGGAACGCGGAGCAGAAGGAGUUAACCAGAUGUGGACGGGAGCUGGGAGCUGCCAUGGAUCCACCUUCACAGAGCUGCUGCUGCGCCUCCUCACACAGCUGACGGGAACCGCAGGUACUCUGAAUCGGUGCAAUACUUGUUGAUCUCCGGUAGAAACGGGAAGGAAGCUGCGACAUGCGGAUCGGAAAGCCGGCGGAUGGGCGUUAGAUCGAUCUAAAGAUCUCCCUGCAAUGUCGGUGGCAGAGGAGGGGAAGAUGGGUUAAACCCUGGCAGCAUCAACGACGCCUCCCGUUAUUAAACGCUUCUGUUCUCCAUGGCUGCGGAUUGAUUGUUCACGGAGCGAUGCCGUAAUGAAAGAAAGGAAGAUCUGCUUUAAUCCAUAGAUGUUUGGAUGUUUCCUCACUUUAACGUCAUCAUGGAAAAGUCCUUGGAGCUAAACAAAGCUGGCUCCCGGUCAACAUCGUCCCUGCCACCCGAGCCAGUGGACAUCAUCCGCAGCAAGUCAUGUUACCGCCGAGUCCGGCUGAAUGUUGGGGGGCUCCCUCACGAGGUCCUGUGGCGAACGUUAGACCGGCUCCCACGAACACGCCUGGGAAAGCUGAGAGACUGCAACUCCCACGAGUCUCUGAUGGAGGUCUGUGACGACUACAACCUAGAGGAGAACGAGUAUUUCUUUGACCGACAUCCAGGAGCGUUCACAUCCAUUCUGAAUUUCUACCGCACGGGCAAGCUGCACAUGAUGGAGGAAAUGUGUGCUUUGUCAUUCAGCCAGGAGCUCGACUUCUGGGGCAUCGACGAGAUCUAUCUGGAGUCCUGUUGCCAGGCAAGGUACCACCAGAAAAAGGAGCAGAUGAACGAGGAGCUGAAAAGAGAAGCGGACAACCUGAAGGACCGAGAGGGUGAGGAGUUUGACAACACGUGCUGUGCAGAGAAAAGGAAAAAGCUCUGGGAUCUCCUGGAAAAGCCGAGCUCAUCUGUUGCAGCAAAGAUCCUGGCCAUCAUCUCUAUCCUCUUCAUCGUGUUGUCCACCAUCGCCUUAUCUCUGAACACCCUCCCAGAGCUGCAAGGCACAGAUGAGUUUGGACAGUCCACAGACAACCCCCAGCUGGCCCAUGUGGAAGCCGUGUGCAUCGCCUGGUUCACCAUGGAAUACCUUCUCCGUUUCCUCUCCUCACCCAAUAAAUGGAAGUUCUUUAAGGGUCCUCUAAACGUCAUCGACCUGUUGGCCAUUCUGCCCUACUACGUUACCAUCUUCCUGACAGAGUCCAACAAGAGCGUGCUGCAGUUUCAGAAUGUCCGCCGUGUCGUUCAGAUCUUUAGGAUUAUGAGGAUUCUGCGGAUUCUGAAAUUGGCUCGUCACUCCACGGGUCUUCAAUCUCUGGGCUUCACACUCAGAAGGAGCUACAAUGAGCUGGGCCUGCUCAUUCUUUUCCUGGCCAUGGGCAUCAUGAUCUUCUCUAGUCUUGUGUUUUUUGCUGAGAAGGAUGAGGAGGAUACAAAGUUUAAAAGCAUCCCAGCUUCAUUUUGGUGGGCUACCAUUACAAUGACCACUGUAGGCUAUGGAGACAUCUACCCCAAAACCCUGUUGGGAAAGAUUGUUGGGGGGCUUUGUUGUAUCGCUGGGGUACUUGUGAUUGCCUUACCUAUUCCUAUUAUUGUAAAUAACUUCUCUGAAUUCUACAAGGAGCAGAAGAGGCAAGAGAAAGCCCUCAAAAGAAGGGAGGCUCUUGAAAGGGCGAAAAGAAAUGGUAGCAUUGUUUCUAUGAACUUGAAGGAGGCGUUUGCUCGUAGUGCAGAGCUCAUGGAUGUGGUGGUAGAGAAGAGUGAAAGACCUCAAGACAACCACCUUUCUCCAAGUCAUUGGAAAUGGACCUCUAAAAGAGCUCCAUCAGAGACGAGCUCAAACCGAUCUUUCAAUGCUCAAGAGGUAGCUUCUCCUUUCAAGGCCCGAGCAACCAGUCCCCAAAGACUAAAUGUUGAGAAACUAGAGGAGAUGUAUAAUCAGAUGGCAAAGGCGCGGUCACAACCCAACCUCAAUGCUAAAGAGAGGGGCUCCAGAUCAGGGAAACCAAGGGAUGAGAUUGAGCUUGGAGCCAUACAUAAUCAUGGCUCAUCAGCUCUAGGUACAAGAGAAGGAGUGGGGGAUAUGAAAAGCUUAUCUAGCAUUGAUAGCUACAUCAGCUGUGCAACAGACUUCCAAGAGAAUCCACGCUUCCCCCAGAGUCCAGCACCAGACCUCGGUCUUCAUGAAAACAGCCGCUUCACUUUUGCUCAAGCCACAGGUUUGUCCCAGCACAAUAGAACAAAAGCUAGCCAGCCAACCUUAGGGCCGCAUGAGUCCAUUCUUACAUCAGUGUCGAAGUCCACAUGCUCCGAGAACCCAAGAAAGUUCUUCUUUUCCGGAAACUCCUCAAAAAGCCUUAAGGGAGGCUGCUCCAGUGAUGGGGACUCAGGGCCAUACCCUUUUUCAGACAGCUCAGUUGUGUCAGACCAGUCUCUGUUAAGCCCCGAAGUCUCUGUGUAUACUACUGCCAGCAGCAGGACACCACCAAAGUCUCCAGACACCACUGCCACAGCCGCUACUGUCUUCACCUUUCACGACUCCUCCAUCAGUAAAUACAUUGAUGCUGACACAGAUGAUGAUGAGCAUCUCCGGGACAACGCUGAGGCCAGCCCUUCAGAACGUCUGCUUUCUAGUGCCAGCCCAAAACGCAGUAUUAACAUACAUUACAAGAGAGGAACGAAUCAUUUAGAAGCUGCUCAGAAAGUGCUGGGCCACAAUUGUCUCUUCCCCACUGAAGGGAUUCGUGGGAAAACUCUUGUGAACCACAUAGGACCCGAGAUGGCUCGUAGACCAAAACUUGAGAGGGGACGGCAAAAUACUUUGGAUAAAAACCUCUGAGGUACAAGAAAAACAGAGACAAAGAAGAGUGAUUGUGAUAGAGACAAUUCACAUGCCAAAAUACAAUGACCUGCCAUUGGGGCAACAAGCUCUAGGUUAGCGCAUGUGAAUCAUACUCUGGAAAAGGAAGAGGUUUCAUACUGAAGAUUGUCACUGCCCCUUAAUCAAGUCGUUCCUGUUAGCGGUAUUUCACGCAGAAAAAAGAGCACGCCCUAGUAGUCAAUGGGUUUGUUCACAAACACAGAGUCAACUGAGAAAUAGGGCAGUGGUAAUAUCUACCACAACAUCACAAGGAGGGUUUUCUCUAAAUACUCCAGAAAGAACAUCCACCUUCUGGUACUGAUUCCCAGUGCAGUUUUUUUUUACUUUUGGUGAUACAAAAGAGGGCCUAGAAGCCUAUAAGCUACUUAAUUGUGCCCUCCAUUCCCAAACCUGGCCUUAGACAUUUACAUUGUAGGGGUGUGUGUGUGUGUGUGUGUGUGUGUGUGUGUGUGUGUGCAUAUGUGUGUGUGAGAAAGUGUGAAUGUGAAUGAGUGAGUCAUGUAAAUGCAAUCCUAAAACCUGGUUUAUUUUUAUAUAGAUAAGGGAAAGUCCCUCAUAGGAAGUUAUUUGCCAGUUUGCUAUGUCAUAGUUAAAUGUAAAAUAUACAUCUUGGCACAAGUCUACAGUUACCAUAGCUCCAGCUCGUUGUCUAUUAUAUCGGUUACUUUUGCUAAAGAAUAGUUCAGAGCUUUUAAGGUGGGUUUCUGUAGAAGGGUUAUGAAUAAUUAAUAUCUUAACUGUUGUAGAUAGCUCUCUGAACAUCCCAUUUAAAGAAAUACAGGUUGGUUCUGGGCAGAUGGAUGAGCUAACAGCUAAUCCCUGUGGGUUCCCUGACAGUAGAUGUUGUUUUAAUCAACUCUAAUGCCAACACAUCUUUAUGCUAACACUGUACAGGGCCUUCAUUUUUGCGCGACAUAGCUAGUUGUUUGUGACACAUUAAACUGGAAGUGCUACAGAGUUGUUGCUAAUUCCCAGCACAGACCAGCAGCUUCACCUGGAGGUCCAUUAGAUAAAUAAUUUUUGAAAAACAAUUCAAGCUAAUGGUCUUUUGUAAAUCUUGAAUGCAUCAUUGGUUUGACCUCAUGCAUUUACUUAGAAAUAAUGAAGUCCUGACUAGAUGUGUUUGCAGAAGCUAUUGUGGUUAUUGCUUCUCUGUGACUAGCUGUUAGCAUGUUUAUUUGAUCAGAGCUGAUCUCUAUUUAUCCAAACUGAGGUUGCUCAAAGAGCUAUCUCAAACGGUUAAAAUAUUUUACAUAAUUGUGACCCUGGUACUGAAAAUCACACAUUGGCGGACCAUGAGUUUCAAAUGUUAUUAAAGUCUAAUUAACUGUCUUGAUUCCUGCAUAAAGUGCACACUGGUUCAUGCACCCACAUAAAACAACAGUUUGCUUGCAUGUAAUUUUAAAAUAUAAGAAAUAUUGUGUAUUUUUAACAAGUAGAAGAAAAGUUUCCAAAAGGAAUUUAUUAGUAUUAUUUAUUUUUACAUUUCAACUGACCUCUAAGAGCACUAAACAUCUACUUGGCUGAUUUUAGCACUAAUUAGCUGCCAGAAAGAUUAAACUGAUUCACAAAUACACACACACACACAAACCACAAACCUGUUAGACAUAACUACAUGUGUGGCAGACAAUCUUUAGUUUCCAUGGUGACAGGAAACGUCCAGAGCAGCUUGAACCAGUUAAGCAAGAAAUACACUCACUAUCAGUGACAUUUAACCUCAUCAUCGUGUGUAUUUUGUGUGUAUUCAAGACCCCUUUGUUUUUUUCAGUUUAACAAUUUUCCACAACAUGUUCAGAAUGUCUGCAGCAUCACAGAAUCACCAUGAUUUUACUUCUUGAUGUUUUCUAUAAUACCACCUGUUUACACGGUAACACACAGUAUGAAAACAGAUGCAACACAGAGAAAUCAUGCUAAUAAUAAACUAACAAACAAAUAAAAACAAAUCUAAUUAAACUUUGUUUGACUUUACAUUCAUAAAAGGUGCGGAAACAAAAGAUGCUGAAUCCAUGCCAAAGUGUACCAACAAUCACUGAAGUUAUAGCCAAUAAAACCACUCAUUAGGAAGACCCAUAUACUUUAGGAGUUUAGUGGUCCAAAAACUACACAAAUGUAAUGUAAAAUAAUAUUCUUAUACGUCAGAAAUAAAUGAACUAAUCUAUAGAAAGAUUACUACUUGAAUGUUUUGCACAGACAAAUGUAGUCCAAGAAUUGUGGAUGAAUGAAACAGAUAAACCCAUGCCAUUGAAAAAUAUAUAAAAAUACAAGUAAAAUAUACAUGUUAAACUGUUACAAAAAUGCAUAUUUUAUAAGAUGAAAGGUUUUAUAUAAAAUGCAGAGUAAAUAAGUCAAGAAUUAUUUUUGUUUCCAGGUUUCUGCCCUAAAAUCAGGAACAAUAUACCACAUAACUAAAUACGUAGGAUCAUUUAGGCUUCUCAUCUAAUUGUGAAAUACCUUUAGGAAAAAUGCCAUUUUAUCCCUCCAGCUGACUUUCAGGAACUAGUACAAUCGAUGUCAGCGUGAAUUAAAGUUUUAUUGAUGAACAAUGGCAGCACAACAUCCGUGUCUGAUUUGUCUCCUGUUCUUAAGGCUUUUUUUAACAAUCACAGUUAUUUUUAAUGGUAUGAAAGAGUUAAAUAUAUAGAUAUUUACAUUCAGACUCAGAAUGACUUUAUUGAUCCCUCAGGAAGGUUCCUCUGGGAAAUUCUGUUAUUCAUGUUAUGAACGUGGUUUUUAGAUACAAUUGGAAUCAGUAUUCAACAGAGGAUGAGCGGCAUGCAUUUAUUUUUAGUUCUGGUUUGGAGUGUAAUCACAAAUCCUGAUUUGACUACCUGUUUUAAUCACAAAGUUGGACAGUUUCAUAUUGCUCUCCCAUAGUGAGAGGAGCUGAGGUGUGAAAGGAAUAGCAAUGAUGGCGAGAAGCAGAGGGUGUGUGUGUGUGUGUGUGUGUGUGUGUAUGUUAGGUGAGCGCAUUAAAGCAGUGAGACUGCUGCUUAAUGGAAAACAAUAAACUGUUUUCAAUUGGAAUGUUAGCAUAUUGGUGUAUCUCUGGUUAAUGUUGAUUUUACAGGAGUUUUUCUGCAAUUCAGCACAUUAAGAGAAUUCAAACAUCAUCAAAUAUUCAGAUUACUUUUCAUUGAUCUAUUGUCGGGACUUUCUUUAAAAGUGUUGAAACUGCAUGGGAAAACCAAUACAAUUGUAUGUUUGCAUUAAAGAGCAAGUUCACUUGUUUUUUUCAAUA